AUGGCGCGUAACGAGGAGAAGGCGAACGCCGUGCUGAAUCGCUUCUGGGCCGCGAAGCAGGACGAGAAGCGCAAGCCGCGGGAGAAGCGCCCGUUCCUCGCGUCCGAAUGCCGCGACCUAUCAGACGCCGACAAAUGGCGGCAGCAGAUCUUGCGCGAGAUCGGACGGCGAGUAACCGAGAUUCAGAACCCCGGUUUAGGCGAGCACCGAAUUAAGGAUCUUAACGACGAGAUUAACAAGCUUAUACGGGAGAAAGGGCACUGGGAGAAACGGAUAGUUGAGCUUGGCGGUCCGAACUACGCGAAACAAGGGCCUAAAAUAACUGACGCGGACGGCAAAGAAGUCGGCGAUGGAGACGACGAGCUGCCGGCCGGUUCCGCGACCGGCAAGGGGCUUGGUUACCGUUACUUCGGCGCUGCGAAGAACCUGCCGGGCGUUCGCGAACUUUUCGAGAAGCCGACGGCGCCGACUAAGAAGCGGAACCGGUACGAGCUUUAUAAGCGUAUCGAUAUGGACUAUUACGGGUACAGGGACGAGGAGGACGGAAUCUUGGUGCGGCUCGAGACGGAGGCCGAGCGGGAGAUUAUAGAGAAGGCGGUGCGGGAGUGGGAGGAGCUCGAAGCUGUUAAAGCUGAGGCUCGCCGCGCCGUGAAAAGCGGGGAGGAAGCUUCGAUCCGGGUACAGACGGAUCUGCUAGACGAGCUCGGCGCUCCGAUCGAGACCCGGGAAUCGCGGGAGCGGCGCGGGGUCAUAGCACAGGAGAGAGAGGAAGCGGGCGAGGAGGAGACGGAAGAGGAUCGCGAGACAGCGGCGGAGCGCGCGAGGCGCGAGGAGGCGGCGUUAGACGCGGCGGAAGAGGCGGCGCUGGAUGCUGUGGGCGGGCGGCGGUUCGUGGCGCACGUGCCGCUGCCUGACGAGAAGGAGAUCGAGCGGAUGGUGGUGGCGAAAAAGAAGGCGGAGCUCUUAAUUAAGUACGCGACCACGGAGCUGGUGAAAGAGGAGGAGGAGGCUAAGGAAUUGCUAAACAUCAAGCGCUGGCGUGGCAUGAUUGGAGGGGACGUGGAAUGCAUGGGUGGAGGCGUGCAGGCGAGCUGA